CUAAAGAGGAGGGUAGCGAGCCUUCCAGGAACCGAGGAACCAAACAGCGCGAUUUAACAAAUGUACAACUUUCAGCCCCGCUGUUGGCCGUCUCGAGACUCCAAGCCACCAGAGUAACGUCAACUUCUUCCAGUCGCCUCGUCUCACUGGAUUAUUUUACAGACUGGAGGAGGACUACGAGCUUUUUCGGAGAAGUCUGGAAGCAGCUCGAGUUGAAACCCUGUUUGAAGGGCUGUGGCCAUGGCCGGGGGCGGUGGUGGAGGGGUUUGUCCGUUGGGGCCCGCACCGCCGAUGUGGUAUCACCGGGACCUAAGUCGAGCUGCGGCCGAAGAGCUGCUGGCCAGAGCCGGGAGAGACGGCAGCUUCCUGGUGCGAGACAGCGAGAGUGUCAACGGAGCUUACGCUUUGUGUGUACUGUUUCAAAAGCAUGUCCACACAUACAGAAUCCUCCCUGACGAUGAAGGAUUUCUGGCUGUACAGACAUCUCAGGGCGUGCAGCCUAAGCGGUUUAAGACAUUACCAGAGUUAGUGUCGUUGUACCUGCAACCCAGUCAGGGUCUGGUUACCACCUUGCUGUUCGCCGUAGACAGAGAAGAAACAGCUGUGAGCGAUGACCGCGACUAUUCAGAUGGGGAGGAUGAGAAGCCGCCCCUCCCUCCUCGCUCCGCCUCCACCUCCACUCCUCCUGGACCAGAAACACCCACUGAAAGCACUCCUGCAGCAAAUGGCCUGAGCACAAUCUCUCACGAGUACCUGAAGGGCAGCUAUGCUCUGGACCUUGAAGCAGUCAAACAGGGAGCCUGCUCUCUACCUCACCUCAACAAGACACUUGUGGCCUCCUGCAAACGCCUUAACGGGGAAGUGGAUAAGGUUCUCUCUGGUCUGGAGAUCCUGUCUAAGGUCUUUGAUCAACAGAGUGCUUUCAUGGUCUCCAAAAUGAUCCAGCAGUCAGUGAAUCAGGGUGGAGAUCAGGAGUUGGAGAACCUUGUGACCAAGCUGGCAAUUCUGAAAGACCUGUUGUCCUCCAUAGAGAAAAAGGCUCUGAAAGCUCUACAGGACAUGAGUUUGUCCUCUCCAUGCUCCCCUCCUCCCCUCUCAAUGCGUCACAGCAAAGCCAUCCCUGUGCAGGCCUUUGAGGUGAAGCUUGAUGUUUACCUGGCAGAGCUGACAAAGAUUGGAAAGAGUCAGAAGUACACUCUGUCUGUGGACGUGGAGGGAGGACGACUAGUGGUGAUGAAGAAGAUGAAGGACAGCCAGGAGGACUGGACCACCUUCACACAUGACAAAAUCCGUCAGCUGAUCAAGUCUCAGCGGGUGCAGAAUAAACUGGGCAUUGUUUUUGAGAAGGAGAAGGACAAGAGCCAGAGGAAAGACUUCAUCUUUGCAAGUGCCAAGAAGCGGGAGGCGUUUUGCCAGCUGCUGCAGCUGAUGAAGAACAAACAUUCCAACCAGGACGAGCCAGACAUGAUCUCUAUCUUUAUAGGCACUUGGAACAUGGGCUCGGUGCCUUCUCCUAAGUCUGUGGCCUCAUGGGUGUUGUGUCGCGGCCUCGGAAAGACACUAGAUGAGAUGACAGUCACCAUCCCUCAUGACCUUUAUGUGUUUGGAAGCCAAGAAAACUCUGUCUGUGACCGGGAGUGGGUAGAGUCUCUACGAGCCAUACUAAAGGAGCAGACAGAGCUGGACUAUAAACCUAUUGCGGUGCAAACUCUUUGGAAUAUAAAAAUUGCUGUGCUGGUGAAGCCUGAACACGAGAACAGGAUCAGCCACGUCGGGAUGUCCAGUGUCAAGACAGGCAUCGCCAACACACUUGGUAACAAAGGAGCAGUGGGUGUGUCCUUCAUGUUUAAUGGGACAUCAUUUGGCUUUGUGAACUGUCACUUAACAUCAGGGAAUGAGAAGAUUGCGAGGAGGAACCAGAAUUACCUUGACAUCCUACGCCUGCUAUCACUGGGUGACAAACAGUUAAGCUCCUUUGACAUCUCACUGCGUUUCACUCACCUCUUCUGGCUGGGCGACCUCAACUACAGGCUGGAUAUGGACAUCCAGGAGAUUUUAAACUACAUUAACAGGAAGGAGUUUGACCCCCUACUGAAGGUGGACCAGCUCAAUCUGGAAAAGGAGAAGAACAAAGUGUUUUUACGCUUUGCGGAGGAGGAGAUCUCAUUCCCACCCACCUACCGCUACGAACGUGGCUCAAGGGACACGUAUGUCUGGCAGAAGCAGAAGGCCACAGGGAUGAGAACAAAUGUCCCAUCCUGGUGUGACAGGAUCCUGUGGAAGUCGUACCCAGAAACACACAUUGUUUGCAACUCCUAUGGCUGUACAGACGAUAUCGUGACCAGUGAUCAUUCCCCAGUGUUUGCUACCUUUGAAGUUGGAGUGACAUCCCAGUUUGUCUCCAAGAAAGGAUUGCCAAAGUCAUCAGAGCAGGCCUACAUUGAGUUUGAGAGCAUCGAGGCCAUUGUAAAGACAGCAAGCAGAACCAAGUUCUUCAUUGAAUUCUACUCUACGUGUCUGGAAGAAUUCAAGAAGAGUUACGAGAACGACAGUCAGAGCAGUGACAAUGUCAAUUUCCUACGUGUCGGCUGGUCCAACAAGCAGCUGACGACACUCAAACCUCUCCUCUCAGAGAUUGAAUACCUGCAGGACCAACAUCUGCUGCUAACUGUGAAAUCACUGGAUGGAUAUGAAUCAUACGGAGAGUGUGUGUUGGCUCUGAAGUCUAUGAUUGGCAGCACAGCACAGCAGUUCCACACCUACCUGUCCCAUCGAGGGGAGGAAACAGGAAAUAUCAGGGGGUCCAUGAGGGUCAGAGUCCCUUCUGAGAGGAUGGGAACCAGGGAGAGACUCUAUGAAUGGAUCAGUGUGGACAAGGACGAGACAGGUGGACCUAAAGGGAAAUCCACUUUGACAUCCAGAGUGGGUCAUGAAUAUGUCAAGCCAUCUAUGGUUCGUAAACAGCUCGGAGAACUUGGAAAGGUCAGCGAGGAGGGAGAAAGAAGCAGCAAGGAGGAAACAUCAAGGCCUAAGGAUGCACCUGAUGGGGAUUCAUCCAUCUGCAAGAACAGCUACAACAAUCCUGCCUACUACAUCCUGGAAGGAGUCCCCAACCAAUCAGCAGCAGCUCUCUCUCCUGAGCUUUUGCCGUCUCCAACAUCUGCAAACCCUCAGGUAGCCAAACCUCCUCCCUCUGCAGUAGCUCGAACCAAGCCCCCCUAUGGGGCCUCAGGGCCCUCUCACCCACGCAGGCCCAUGACAGGGCACCCAGUGCGAGCCAUAAGUGAGGAGGGCUCCUCAGAGGACGAUGGAGGUGCCUGCGCAGCAGGAGCACAGGGGGAUGGAGUCGGAGCAACAGUUGGAACAACAAUUAAUCGCCCCCCUCCUGACUUCCCACCUCCUCCUCUACCUAAAGCAGCACUUGAGAUGGUCGCAGAGGCCCCUUUUCCCAAACCUCGCCCUCUUUACCCAGACCUAGCUGAGGUCAGGAUCCCAGCAGCCAGUCCUGCCACCCAACUGGCAAUGGGAGAGGGUUUCAGACGAGGAGGAGGGGGAGGUGGAGUUGGUGGAGGGGCCAUGGACGAUCAGUCGUGCUCUGUGCUCCAAAUGGCAAAGACAUUGAGUGAGAGUGAGUUUACUGGGCAGCCUCCACGUGCUCCGUCUGCACCACCACCUCUUAGAGGGCAGCCCAUUGGUUUAGGUUUGGACGCCUGUCGCACUUUCCCACCCAGAAAUCCUAUCACAGAGAGCAUUGCUGAGGACCUGCCUGAGGAGGCACUUUGGGGCAGCAGCAGCUCGUCUCUUUCUGUAGGGGAGUCAUCUGUAGGGGAGUGGCUGCUGCGGCUCGGACUGGAGCGGUAUGAGCAGGGACUUCUACAUAAUGGCUGGGACGACUUGGAGUUCCUCAGUGACAUCACCGAGGAGGACCUGGAAGAGGCGGGAGUGCUUGACCCAACCCACAAGCAAAUUCUGCUGGAGAGCCUCAGGCAGCAGCAACAGAAAUAAACUCUUUAAAAUUGGUCUCUGAUUGGUCCAAACUGCCAUCACACCAGAUCCAGCCAAGCCAAAUCUCAGCUGAACUAAACUGAAUUAGACUGAACUGAGCUGGACCAUGCCAUUUAAUGCCAGACUGUGCCUUCUAAAAGAGAAUUUGCACUCCAUUUGUACUUUCAAAAACACUUAUUGAACCACCAUCCUUUUUUCACAUGUACUGUAUAUAUAUUAUUGUUCUUGUCGUAUAGGUGGCCUUAUUUAAUGAGAAUCUUUUCAGUCCAUCGAGCAUCACUACAUAACCCUCAGCUAUUAACCUAAUGAUAGAUUCAGAGUGAGGUCCUGUUUUUUUUUCACCUGGGAGGACUCAGGUAGAGCAGCUGAGGCCUUAAUGUUGUGUCAUGUGUUUUAUCAUCAGUUCUGACCUGCAACUUCAAGCUCAUUUUCCCUCUUCUUGUCCUGGGAAACCUAAAGAUUUGAAGACUAGUCUGAGGGAUUUAUGUGAACAAAGCACAAUCUUAAAACAUGCUACUUGUGUUUUCAAGCAUACUUUAAUGUAUUUUCAUGUUUUCCUACAACUGGGAAAAUCUGUGGGAAUCAUUAUAGAGCAGUCAAGCGAUGUUCAGAGACAGCCUGGGCUGAGUUGCACCCUUGUUUCUGUGAUAUAUAACUCUGUGUUCUAUUUUUGUGAUGACAUUUGGGCUACUAUUGUUUAAAUAGUGGCAUAAAUUGUGUCAGUGUCUCUGCAUGUAUUUAUAGUUUUGUGUUUUAAUGAUAAAGGGAAUUUGGAGGAAACCAACCAAACCAGUCCAGCUAGAAUUGUAAUUUUUCGCCUUGGUUCAGCAUUUUCAAAUAACAGGAGAUCGCAAAUCUUACUUUUUAAGAUCCAGUUUUGAUGGGUCAUGUUUUGUAGUACCUUGUAUGAAUUGAGCAGGGAUCAGGAAAGUGGUUAGCAUAGCCUAACAGAUAAACUGAUACUUACUCUGCUACAGAUUUAAGAAAUCUUUGUAUUCUUAUCACCCUGUAGAAUCAUUUUUUCUCUUACAUUUGUCUGGUUUGUCUUAUUGUGUUUAUUUCUUUGUAUUUGUUACAUUUCUAAAAACUAAACCCUAUGGGAGAAGAUAUCAGCUUUCAUAAGUGUUUGUGCAGGAUAAAGAUGAUGUAAGGGCUGUUGUAGUUCCCUGGUUUAACCAGCAGGAGGUGCUGCUACUCCAUAAACCUCUACAAUAGACAGGAAACUCAGAAAAAUGAGUCACAAUCAAGUUUUACUUGGUGUAUCAAUAUGUUUUUCACAAAGCAUUACCUUACCUGUUAGUGGUCGGACUGCCUUCAUUUCUUUGUAAUUCAAAUCUAACUCUAAAUGAAUGUUCUGUUGCAUGGGGACUAAAUAUAAUUAAAAAACUGUAGCAGAUUCAUUCAUGUCUGGAAAAAAAUCCCCCUUGUUCCUUUUUUUUAACUUGCUCCUGGUUACUUGCCUGUUGUUUUUUGUGUCUGACAGUAUGUCUCAUCAUCAUCAUCAUCAUCAUCAGCCAAACAACCUUAACCCAAAAAAUGUGUCUCUGCUGUUCAGACAUUUUCAGUCUUUUGGACCUUAUUGACCUUUUCAGUGUUCACGUUUGUAUUGUUUAUGUGUGAAUGAGUGAGUGAUGGUAUAUUUGUGUUUGUAAAUGUGUGCAUGAUUGAAAAAAGAGUCUUUUUGUGUCUCUAACAUACUCCCUUUUUCCUUGCCCCCUCACAUUGUCUCUUUUCUUUUGUGGAUAUUAAGUUAAUAUAUGUUCAACCAUGCCAUUUUUUUUCAAUUAAAAUUGAACAUCCUA